AUGGCGUCUUCGGGGAUAGGGCUCGCCCGACCGUCCCAUCGUCUCCAACUCGCCGUACGCGCCCACCCGCUGCGCCCGCGCACCGCCGCUCCAUGUUCUUCACCGUGCACUUCCCGCUUUGGCUCCCCCGGCAGGACCUUUGCUGCAUCCGCACGCCGCUUUGGAUCCAGCCAACGCCAGAACAAAGAUUCCUUCCGCUCGAGACUUGGUGAGGCCCUUAGGAACACGAAGAUCGAAUGGAAGCCCAUCCCCAUCGCGCUGGGCGUUGGCUUCUUAGGCGUUUUUCAGUUCUAUCGCAUCCAACGUGAUGCGAAGACCCAGCCAGGUGACGAUGAUAGCUCCUACGCAGACAGUGAGAAUGGAGAUGGAGAAAGGCCACCGAAGAGGAAGAGAAUCCGGCCCAGCGGUCCAUGGCAAGUUCAAGUCAUGUCUACCCUGCCACUCAAGGCCCUUUCGCGCCUCUGGGGUCGCUUCAACGAACUCGAUAUUCCGUAUUACCUCAGAGUCCCUGGCUUCAGGCUAUAUUCCUUCAUUUUCGGCGUAAACCUCGACGAGAUGGAAGAGCAAGACCUGCACAAAUACCCAAACUUGGCCAAAUUUUUCUAUCGCGCACUCAAGCCUGGCGUGAGGCCGAUUGAUCCCAACCCAAAUGCUAUGGUGUCUCCCGCGGAUGGCAAGGUCGUGCAAUUCGGAACUAUCGACAAUGGCGAGGUUGAGCAGGUCAAAGGCGUGACGUACAGCCUGGAUGCUCUGCUGGGGAGCUCUCCUCCUAGCAGGCGUAAUUCAGAUGCCGGAUCUGACGUUUCCUCUUCCGCGCCAUCACCGCAUCCAAGUCCUGAGCGCACAACCGACGGACACCAGGAAAUUAUCAAAGCCGACGAGGAGUUUGCGAGGGUCAAUGGUAUCUCGUACACCUUGCCGAACCUCUUUUCGGGCCCACCGAAGGGAAAAAGAGGCGAAAUUAUCGAUCAGUCCACCCCUCACAGCCCAUCUACCGAAGCUGAGGUCCGCGCGGACCUUGAGUUAGCCGAGUCUCGGCGUCACUUUGCUGGCGAGCUGUAUAGCGUCUCUCCAUACCUGGUGCGUACACUGCCGGGUCUAUUUACACUGAACGAACGAGUCGCUAUUCUUGGGAGAUGGCGCUGGGGCUUCUUUUCGUAUGUCCCUGUCGGUGCCACCAACGUUGGAUCCAUCGUCAUCAACUUCGAUCGCGAACUGCGCACCAACAGCCUGACCACGGAUACGGCUGCCGACCGUGCGGCAGCAGAGGCACAGAAGCGCGGCGAAGCAUACUCUGGCUAUGCCGAGGCAACGUACUACGGGGCUAGCUCCGUGCUCGGGGGCCAUGCCCUGAAGAAGGGAGAAGAGAUGGGUGGUUUCCAGCUGGGCAGCACGAUUGUGCUCGUAUUCGAGGCACCCAAGCCUCAGAGAAAAUCAAGUCUUGAUGAAGGGUUCACUGGCACAAAAGGAGGCUGGCAUUGGACCAUCGAGAAGGGCCAGAAGCUCAAGGUUGGGCAGGCGAUAGGCUACGUGAGAACCGACUAG